UUUAAUGGACACAGAUAACCAGACAUGGGUGAGAGAGUUUAUUCUGCUCGGCCUGUCCAGUGACUGGGACACUCAGGUCUGUCUUUUUGUCCUGUUCUUGAUCACAUACAUGGCGACAGUGCUGGAGAACUUCCUCAUUGUCCUUCUGAUCAGACUGGACAGCCGACUCCACACUCCCAUGUAUUUCUUCCUCAGCAACCUCGCACUUGUUGAUGUGUCUUACGCCACAAGCAUCGUCCCUCAGAUGCUGGUGCAUCUUCUUGCAGAACAUAAAGCUAUCUCCUUUGUGAGCUGUGCAGCCCAGUUAUUCUUCUCCCUGGCCUUGGGUGGGAUUGAGUUUGUUCUACUGGCAGUGAUGGCCUAUGACCGCUAUGUGGCUGUGUGUGACCCCCUGAGGUACUCAGUCAUCAUGCAUGGAGGGCUCUGUGCCAGGUUGGCCACCACGUCCUGGGUCAGUGGGUCUGUCAACUCUGUCAUGCAGACCGCCAUCACCUUUCAGCUGCCCAUGUGCACAAACAAGUAUAUUGAUCAAGUAUCUUGUGAAAUCCUAGCUGUGCUCAGGCUGGCCUGUGUGGACACCUCCUCCAAUGAGGUUGCAAUCAUGGUUUCUAGCAUCAUCCUGCUGAUGACACCCUUCUGCCUGGUUCUCUUGUCCUACAUCCAGAUCAUCUCCACCAUCCUAAAGAUCCAGUCCACAGAGGGGAGGAGGAAAGCCUUCCACACCUGUGCCUCCCACCUCACAGUGGUUGCCCUGUGCUAUGGCAUGACCAUUUUCACUUAUAUCCAGCCCCGUUCCAGCCCUGCUGUCCUUCAGGAGAAGUUGAUCUCUGUCUUCUAUGCUAUUUUGAUGCCUGUGCUGAACCCCAUGAUUUAUACUCUAAGGAACAAAGAGGUGAAGGGGGCCUGGCAGAAACUAUUAGGAAAAUUAUCUGGAUUAAAAUCUAAACUGUCAACGUGA